AUGUACGCAGGUCUUAUUGAUGAAUUGGGAUUAACACCUUCAGGAAAUAUUGGAAAAGCCGUAGAUGCAAUAAAAAGAGACAUGAGCAAUCUAAAUAAUAGUCCUGUUCCUGUUAAUCAAAUUGACCAAAGAAGACUCAGUAAUGUCUCUACUCUUUCUACAACUGACUUAUCUGAACAAAAUACUCCCAGAAGAGGUAAUAAACGUGAACCAGAGGAUGACUUGGAUGAAGAAGAAACUGGUGAUGAAGGUAAAAGUGAAAAAAGAGCUGGCAGACGUAAAAUAAAGAUUGAAUAUAUUGAAGAUAAAAGUAGACGUCACAUUACAUUUAGUAAAAGGAAAGCUGGAAUAAUGAAGAAGCCCCUAUUAUGUUUAUUACCAUCUUUGGUGAAGUAUGCCCUAAACAAAAAUCGUAAAAGGACAUUACGUGUAUAUCUUUAUAUUUUAGAAAUUUAUAAAGCAUACGAACUUAGUACUUUAACCGGAACACAAGUACUUUUACUCGUAGUAUCAGAAACUGGUCUUGUAUACACCUUCACUACACCUAAACUUCAACCACUUGUCACAAAACCUGAAGGCAAGAAUUUGAUUCAAGCAUGUUUAAAUGCGCCUGACCCACCUCAAGAACCUUCUACUCCUUCUCGUGCAUCUCAGAAUCCACCUACUUAUAGUAACGAUAAUGCACCGACAGUAGAUGGAAACAAUAAUGAUUCUGUUUAUGAUUCUGUUGAUCGUAAGCAAACCAACAAUAACAACAAUCAAAUGUCGUCAGCUCAACCUUAUGCCAUUGGUUUAAAUCCUUACGUUACUAAUCAAUAUGGAGGUAUUCCAAAUAAUAUGGCAAUGAAUACAGGUGGUGGUAUUCCGACAACAGCAGCUUCAUACAUGUCUUCUCAAUAUCCACAAUACACUCAACAACAUAUGAACCAGUACGCUCAAAACUCAACAUACAUGGGUUCUCCUACCGGUGCUAACAAUUAUUGGAAUCAGGCUGCUAACACUUCUGCAGCUGCUACAACAAACACCACAACAUCUAGUCCGAACAAUAAUGGCAACAAUACAAAAGUUCAACAAUAUUCAUCUACAAUUGUUUACGAUGAUAUGAUUCGUGGUAUUCGAAAAAUAAUUACAACUGAUGCUGAUGAUGUUUAUGGAAUAUCUAGAUUUCUAAAAAAACUAAUCAAAGAAGCAAGAGAUGAAGUGCUAAAUGUUGAUAAUAGUGAUCAAGAUAAUGGCAAAGAUCAAAGCAAUUCACAUCCAAAAACUGCACUGGAAAGAUUAAAAAUGGAUGGUCGUUUUAAUCAUGCACACAUUAGAGAUACUAGUCAUUUAGAUUUCACUGAUAAAUGGGGUUAUGAAAAAUUACCUGAUGAUGCAAUUGCAGUUCCACUUAAACAUCAACCACCUUCAAAUGAUGAUAAUGAUGAUUGUAAGUAA